GUGAUUUCGUUACAGUUAUUAAAGCCGCUUUAUCUGUGUUGUGAACAAGUUUUACAACAUUUUAAACUACACACAUACGUGUGAAUACCCGAUACACUGUUAUGUUUGAAUAAAUUAUCGACAAGACGCCGUAGUACUACAGUACACUACUGUAAUACUUUGAGUAUGUAUCCGCCAUUAUGGGACCCGGAAAUACAAUGUCUUCACUUCCGCCAUCUUCAAACCAGGCACACGGAGAAGCUAGCUAAGUUAAGCUAAGUGGCUAGCAAGGCGACGACCCUUUGUGUCAUUGUUUUCUUACACGUCGCGGAUAUUUUGAGUGUAUUUCGGUUUCAUAUUCAGCACAGCCGCCUAAUAUAACCGUUAACUGUGUGCCAUUCGACUGUUUUUAUCUGACUCUCCGGCAGAAAUAUGGCGGAAGGCUCUAUGCUGACAAGAGAGGUUAGAUGCACUGGUUUCAUGACUUCAGGAGAACACGAUGAUCGAACCGCGCCAGCUUUUCGCAACCGAAAAGGCAAAGGCUCCAAUAAGGGCCGGUAUGACCGUGCCCGCAGGGACCGCCAACGUGGGGGCCACAGCGGAGGCUUCGGUGGUCCGGGACCGCGGUCCAGACUUGAAGAUCCGGAUGGAGACGUAACGAUGAACGACAGCUCUCAGGACGGCAACAACCAGAACAGAUUCAACCCGUACGGGAGGUCUUUUCGAAAAGGAGAUGGCCGCUUUGACAGAGACAGACGUCAAGGCAAAGGAGGAGGUGGUAGAGGAGGCUUUAGAGGAAACCGUGGCGGCGGCGGCGGCGGUGGUGGAGGAGGUGGAGGAGGAGGAGUGGGCGGUGGGGGCCCAAAUCGCUCCGGCUGGUACAAAGUAACUAUCCCCCACGGGAAGAAUUACGACAAGAAAUGGUUAUUGACGGCUCUUCAGAACAUCUGUGCGGUGCGCUACACUCCCGUUCAGUACCACGUGGACCACAGCCGAGCCCAUUUCUAUUUAGACGACUCCACGGCCGCCAGCGCUCUGCAUAAAUGCUCCCACAAGAUCACGGACACAAACGGUUAUAAGGUGGAAGUGCACGUCAAUCGCAGUAAUCCGCCUAACUUCCUCCUGUCUGACCUGAAGACGGAAGAUAUGGAACAUUUGAAGCAAUGUAUGGCCAAACGUUUUGAUGGCUCACAACAAGCUCUGGACUUGAACAACAUCCGCACAGACCCUGACCUGGUGUCCCAAAAUGUUGAAGUCAUUCUAAACAGGAGGACAAAUAUGGAAGCUGUCCUCAAGAUUAUCGAAGAGAACAUUCCAGAGCUGGCCAGCCUGAACCUGAGCAACAACCGCAUCCAUAAACUGGACGAACUCGGCGAACUCAUCGCCAAAGCGCCCAAUCUGAAGAGCCUCAACCUUUCCCACAACGAGCUGAAAUCAGACCGGGAGCUGGACAAAGUGAAAGGCCUGAAGCUGGUGGAGCUGUGGCUCAACAGGAACCCCUUGUGCGACCUCUUCAAGGACCAGGCGUCGUAUAUCAGCGCUGUGAGAGAGAGGUUUCCCCGACUGCUGAAACUCGAUGGCAAUGACCUGCCUCCACCCAUUGGAUUUGAUGUGGAAGCCCCCACCACCAUCCCCCCUUGCAAGGGAAGUUAUUUUGGCUCCGACGAAAUCAAGGGCCUCAUCCUCCGAUUCUUGCAACAGUACUACAGUAUAUACGACUCUGGGGAUAGACAGCCUCUUCUGGACGCUUACCACGAUGGAGCGUCACUGUCCCUCACGACACCUUUCUCCAACCAGAUCCCCUCCAGGUCCAGUCUGGGAGAGUACCACAAAGACACUCGAAACCUUAAACGGAUCAAAGACUCUACAAUCCGCUUCAGACUGCUCAAGCACACACGUUUGAAUGUGGUGGCUUUCCUGAACGAGCUGCCUAAAACGCAGCACGACAUCGCUUCCUUUACCAUUGAUGUCAAUACCUACACGAACACACUACUGUCAUUCACUGUCAGCGGAGUCUUCAAAGAGGUUGCUGUAAACGGAAAAUCCAGAGACUCCACCAUGGCCUUCUCUCGAGUUUUCAUCACAGUCCCUGCCGGGAACUCCGGUUUGUGCAUCGUCAACGACCAGCUCUUCAUCAGAGUGGCCACGACGGAAGAGAUCCGCAAAGCCUUUGUGGCGCCCGCUCCGACUCCCUCCUCCAGCCCGGUCCCCACUCUGACCGCACCGCAGCAGGAGAUGCUCGCCGCCUUCUCGCAGAAGUCGGGCAUGAACCUGGAAUGGUCCCAAAAAUGUCUGCAAGACAACGAGUGGGACUUCAACAAAGCUGCUCAGAUCUUCACACAGUUACAGACGGAAGGGAAGAUCCCUGACGUUGCGUUCAUCAAGUAAAAACAUUGCAUCAUACCUCCCCUUGUAAAAAAAAUAAAAGCUGAAAUGUUUUGUUUAAUAAUUUUGUGUCUUGUUUUAUCUUUUUUGCCGAUUGUUUUGCAUAAGUGGCAGAAAUGGUUGACAUGAUGUAAGUUGCAUUUUGCUUGGUUUUGUUUUAGCAGCCAAAUACGUGAGGAACUGUUUGAAAUUCAGACUUGUGUUAUAUGGUUUUGUUAUUUUAAAUUCAUCUUUAAAGUCAUCUGUAUAGGAAUUGUUUUCAUUGUAAUAAAGACAUAUGGCCAGUU